AUGUUGUCGAGGUUCUUCGUCCUCUUGCCCCUGGUGUUGUCCAUGGUGGCCUUUAUCCUCUCAAUGCUCUGCCUUUUUGCUGGUCACAAGGAAGGGUUUAUGGAAGAAUACUCUGUUGCACGGCUCAACACUUCAAUGAUUGGCCAUAACGUUCUCGACACUGACAGCGACGCUUCUUCUAAUGACAACGAUGAAGAUGAUGGCUUCUUUGGCAAGGUCACCGACAAGUGGAACGAAGUCAAGGACGAUGUCAAGGGAAAGAUCAACGAUAUCACUGGCGAUGUUGCAGACAAGCUGGCCGACACUAUUGGUAUUUCGGAGUGGUACUCCAUUCAUGUCAUGGCCACAUGUGAUGGACAGUACAAGCCGAAUGCCACGAGUCCUGGUGCUGGAUAUAACGUCACAAACUGCACCAACUCUGCCCCCGAGAAACGCUUCAACCUCACCGAGAUGCUCGACAAGCAACUCGAAGUCGGUCCUUUCCAGAUGAAUCUUGCUGACAUCAACUGGCCCGAUGACAUCCAAGAUUCUAUCGAUCUUCUCAACACGGCUCUCCUCGUUACUUUCGUCUUCUACGUUCUCGCAGUGGGAUUCUCCGGCCUCGCCAUGGUCGCGAGCGCCGGCGCAUUCUUCCUCUUCGCUCGGCGCGGCGUCAACGCCGUCAACGUCAUUCUUUCGGGUCUCGCCGCACUCGUGCUCCUUAUCGCCAGCAUUCUCGUCACUGUGGCUGGAAAGAAGGGCGUAAACAAGAUCAACGACGUCGGCGAUGAUGUUGGACUGUCGGCGUCUGUGGGAAAUAAGUUCCUGGCGCUGACUUGGGCUGCUGCUGCUCUCAUGAUUAUCGCAGCUAUCUACUGGGUCAUGCACUUGUGUCUUAUGCGACGUGAGAGGAAGAGACAGUGGAAGCCACGAAAGGGAAGCUAUUAG